AUCUCUCCCUCUCUAUCUCUCUCUCUCUCCUUGCUUGUGAGUAGAAUCUCUCUCUCUCUGCUUGCGAUUAGAAUCUCUCUCUCUCUCUCUUAGUGCAGAGGAAGAAGAAGAUGGCUUUCUCCUACAGCAGCUUCGUUGCGAUUCUGAUGAUGCUGGGAUUACUGGCAGGAUCCGCACUCGCACAGGCGCCGGGAUCCUCCCCAUCAGCAGCCCCGACCGUCUCUCCUCCCCGACCGUCCCUCGCUCCGGUGACUCCACCACCUGCCUCCGUCAUGCCUCCCGCAUCCUCUCCUUCUCCGUUCUCCAAACCCCCAGCUUCUUCUCCGCCUCCAUCGACCACCGUUUCCCCUCCGGCUCCACCUUCGUCAUCUCCCUCCCCUUCCUCAUCUUCUCCCACCGGCUCUCCUCCUCCGUCUAUCUCCUCCCCGCCGUUGCCCGGCUCUCCAGCGUCGCCUCCGGCCAUCAACAGCGCCACUCUCCCCGCCUUGAACAGAGUCGCGAUCGCCGGAUCUGCUAUCUCCGGCGUCUUCGCUGCCCUGCUCUUGUUCUAAAUCUUCGCUGUCGGAAUGGAGCUUUCUCAGCCGUUGAUCUUUUCUCGGAUGCUGCAGACUAUUAGAAUUAGGAUUGCUUCUUUUAUUUAUUUAUACUUCUUUUUAAUUUUGCAAUUCAUUACAGAGAUUUUUAGCUUCAUUGUAAUUACAUUAUUCCUCUCAUUUAUCUGAAUAAAUCUAUUAAAUUUCUAGUGAAAAGAA